AAUUUGGAAUCAUUAUGGAUUAAUCUUUAACAAGUAACUGCUCCAGUGUGUGCAAAAAGAUUGAUGUAGGAGGCUGUAGAGCAAAACAAAAAAAUAACCUCUUUUAUAUUGGAUCUCUUUAUACGGGAAACCUAGACUAUUACGAACCCUGCUCCCAUACAAAUAGUUAUAAGGGCUUUCGUUCAACCUUGCUAUAGUGAACGAAAAAUCCUGAACCCUUGACAUUCGUUAUAACGAGGUGGGACUGCAAUUUAAUCAUGUCACUACGGUAGUGCAGGAAAAAAAAAAAAAACCUUCAUCUUCAGUCCAAACCCUGACCACCUCCAACCUCGAUGCCAACCUCCAGAGGGGCAACCUCCCUGUGGCUCAGCAGUACCUCCACUCACCCCCUCCGUUUUCGCCUCUUCGGGACGUCAAUACCACAACUCCGUCUAACAAUGGAGCAAACGGGGGAGAAAAUAUACUCCAGUUGGUCACAAAAGGAUUUGAUAGCACGGAUCUUAGAAUUGGAGGGAAAGAAGGAUAAGUGAGGGAGCCACCACACUCUUGGCCCUUUUCCCGAAUAGCAACUAAUAAUGCCCAGAAUCAAAAUUAUACAUCCCAAAAAUUCCAAGCGGAAAUUCGACCCUUCUUUAUACUCUACCCGACACAUUGCCCUGCGGAUAGCGUAUCUAGGAGGGAAUUACACUGGUUUCGAGUAUCAUCCGAAUAGCCCCAACCCCACAGACACCAUCGAAGAGCAGAUAUUUAGAGCUUUACUAAAGGCUCGGUUGGUCCCCAGCAACGGUGUUGAAGGUGAGGAGGAAACAGUGCUUGGAUGGCCUGGUGAUGAAGUAGCCGAGUAUUCAAAAUGUGGCAGAACCGAUACAGGGGUCUCAGCCUUUGGGCAGGUUAUCGGUGUUCGAGUGCGCAGUAACAGGCCGCGGCCCAAAAAGCCUGCUGAUGAGGUUGCAGAAGAGGACGACGAGGGAGAGAGAGAGAGAGCUGAAUUUGACGACGAAAAGGAUGAACUUCCAUACCUACAGAUCUUGAAUCGACUACUUCCAAAAGACAUUAGAGCCCUAGCCUGGUGUCCACAUCCCCCGCCUGCAUUUUCCGCUCGGUUCAACUGCCAGCAAAGACACUACCGCUACUUCUUUACAAACCCCGCCAUAGCACCCUCACCAAACUCAACAGUCGGAAGCCUAGACAUUGACAAAAUGCGUGAAGCCGCAAGACUCUACAUUGGCGACCACGACUUCAGAAACUUCUGCAAACUCGAUGCAAGCAAGCAAAUCACCCGCUUCGACCGGAUAAUCCAUCACGCAGAUAUCGUCGAGCUACGGCAAUCAUCACCAAGCAACAGUCCAAAAGUGUACUACUUUGAACUCCAUGGGUCGGCAUUUCUCUGGCACCAAGUCCGACACAUGGUUGCCAUCUUAUUCCUGAUCGCCCAGGGGCUAGAACCACCCAGCCUGGUUACUGAAAUGCUGGACAUCUCCAAAAACCCUCGGAAGCCAAUGUACGAGAUGGCCGACGACAGGGCUCUCGUUCUCUGGGAUUGCGUCUUCCCGGACGGAAUGCUGCAAUGGCUGUACCCGCGCGGAACCAGACUGGAAGGUCGCAACGAAGUUCUUGACGACGUCUGGUCCAGAUGGCAUAAAUCUAAGAUCGAUGAGAUACUAACAAGUGGAUUGAUGAAGAUAGUUUCCGCAAACGGAGACCCGGCUUCAAAUUCUGGGCUCCAGUGCACACCUGCGAUGCUCGGUUCGGGAGAAUUUUCCAUAACCACACAGGAAAUGGGGGUAGCAAAGAGGAAAGCCAAGGGCAAGUCACAGAUCCUUGUCCUGGGCGGCCCCGAGCCGUUAUUUAGGGGGACGUAUAUUCCUAUCUUGGAGAGAAAACGGAUGGAGGAUAUCGAGGUUCUCAACGCGAGAUAUGUGGAGAAGAAGGGCGAUUGGCAGGAGAAUAGGAAGAAGAGGCAGGCGAAGAGGAAAGCAGCCGAUAUCUCGGAGGAGAUUAUGCAAACGAGCGUGAGCUUAUGAUGCGGCUGUAUUCUCCGGGCCGUGUAUCGUUUGGAUGAUUCUGGGGCACAAUCAGCUUGUAAAUAUAAGUUAGAGCAAAGAAUAUGGUUGGAUGUGCUUUCGCAUUCCCCCUCAUUAGAAAUUUUGGCGUCAAUCUAACGCGGGCUCCCUGUCCUACAAACUAAGUUAACCCUCAUCCCAACCAGCAGAGAUGUCUUCACCAAACAACCCUCGGGAAAGCCGUUUCCCGCUCUAGAAGGAUGCCUCACACAAUAUGGGUACGGCAGC